AUGAAAACUUUCAUCGGGUUUACAUUGUUGUAUUUGAUAUUGGCAAAUCAAGGAAUUUCAUCAAUUUAGUAAGAUAAAUUGCAUCCCAUCUCUAAAAUCAUACUUGGAUUGUCAGAAGUAUAAACUAAGGAUUUCAAUUACCAAUAAUUGUUUGUUGCUCUAGAUGAAUUGGCACAAUCUUUCUAAACAAGAAUAAACGAUGAGAAUAGUUCUUAUGAACUCGAUUAGCAAUCAUAUUUUUCAGAUGUCUAAUUCUAUGAGAAUUAAAUUAAUGACUUUAAGAACAAAAUCGCACAAUUAGAAAUUGAAAUCAAAGAAUUAGGCGAUUAAGGAACACGCUUAUAAGCAUACCUAACUGAAGCUAAUUAGGAUUUAAAUGAGGCAAUUAAAUUAUUGGCCUAAAAAGAAUAGCAAAUUAACUCUGAUAAUUCAGUUUUUGAAUCACAAAAUCAAGAAUAUGCUGACACCAUCAAUGUUCUUGAUUAAGCAAUUGCCUUACUCAAUGAAAUCAAAGAUGAAGCCUCAUUAAUCUAAAAGAAAGAACACAUCAAGGAGGUAUCCUAAAAUAUGCACAAAAGCAUGAAGAAAUUGUCAUCAAAAAGAGUGUUCUAUUAACCUCUAGUAAAUGUGUUGGCUUAAAUGACAUAAAGUAACUAUGUAGAUUAAGAGAAUCUUAAGAAAGUCAUCAAUUUUAUGAAUUAACUUAGACAAAAUCUUAUUGAUGCAUAACAAGCAUUAUAAAAUCAACAUGAAUCAUAAUCUAAAUUAUAAUAAGAUAUUUUAUCUGAAACUCAAGCCAAAGUCAGUGGAAUUCAGGAUGUUUUAAUCCCACUAUUGGGAACUGAAAUUUCAAUUAAACAAUCUGAAGUUAGAGCAUUAAGCUCAAUUUUAUAAGAUGCCCAAAGUAAUUUAGCUGAUGCCUAGGAAAACCUUGUUGCAACAUAAAAUAGAUGGAUUGAAAGAACUUCAACUCAUAAUAAUUUAUUGCAACAAUUUAAUAAUGAGUUAUUAGCAAUUAAGGACGCAGAAAAUGCAUUAAAGAAAGGCGGCAUCUUUAGAUAAUGAUUUUUGUUUUAAUCAAAAACAAUUAUUAA